AUGCUUGCAGACACGCCUGGAAGCAUCCUUGAGACCUGCCGGAGGAGCGAUCAAGGGGCAGUCGAAGACGAGGCAUGCGGAGAGAGUCUGUCGGAGCUCGAAGACGACGAUCUCUUCAGAGGAGCCGACGUUUUCAAGUUCCGAUUCCAGCCCCCGGCAGGCCAUGGGGAGAGAGAUGUUGACUGCCGUUCGUUAAAGUCGAUGCACCAAGACAUGAGGCGUUUGCUCAAGUUGGCGAUCUCCGGGGUGUCGACCAUGGUGGAGAGCGUUUCGUCGGCAUGCAAGCUAGUGGAGAGGCAUUGUUCGGUAGAAGGGAGAUCGGACGAGAACAAGUUGUCUCUCCUGGAGAUGUCGGGGGAGCUGACGGAUCUGAGGAAACAUGUGCCAAUCGCGCAAGGUGGUAGCCUUGGUAUUUCGAUCCUGGAGGUCAUGUGCAAGACAGCACGAGUCAAGAACAAUUUGGCUGAUGAACAAAGUUUCGUCUUACCUCGCAUGCUUCAACUGCAAACGAGCCUUUUCUUGUUGGAAGGUGAUGUGGAGAUGUCAGGCUAUCAUGUUGCGAAGGAAGAUUGUUAUCUUGCAGACUUGGAGGAGGUUGAGGGUGGAGAUGUGGACGUGUAUGGAUGCUGGAAGACUGAGAAUGAAGGGAAGGGUCGUGCAGGAGUGGAAACGUGUCAUGAGCGAGGGCAGAGAAACGAGGCUGUUCGACAUGUUCCUCUCGUCUACCAGCAGGACAAGAGCAGCAAACAAACUGGACAAGUUGUUGCGGUCCUAUCACAUUAUUGCAUUCAGCACUUCUUCGCAGAAACAGCAAGUGGUUGUCAAAGUGAACAGAUGCAUCGUUGA